AUGAGGAUGCUGACUGUGUGUGCACUUUGUGCCAUGAUGGCUCUGGCUACAGCUCAAUCAAAGGCCGACCUGGUCAAGAGGUCUAGGUUUAGGGUAAUAUCUGGAUGUCCCUAUGGUUGGACUCGGAUCUAUCGCCGCUGUUUCCGCUUCAUUUCAACACCAAAGCGUUGGACUCGAGCUGAGAAAUACUGUCAGCGUCUGGGUGGAAACCUCGCAUCCAUACACAGCUAUUGGCAGUAUCGUAGGAUUCAGGGGAUGAUCAGGCGAGCCUGUCACCAGUUAAGAGAGACAUGGAUCGGAGGCUCUGAUGCACAAGAGGAGAGAACUUGGCUGUGGAGUGAUGGUACCCCAUUCAAGUAUCAGUACUGGUGUCGUGGAGAGCCCAACAACCACAAGGGCUCACAACACUGCUUAACCAUGAAUCAUACAGUUCCCAGGUGCUGGGAUGACAAUCACUGCUGGAGACGAAAACCAUUCGUCUGUGUCAGGAGACGCUGAUGAAUACAUGGAGCAGCACAAACACACACUAGUGGAGAAGUGUGUAUGCGUAUAUUUUCAGAAGUCUUUGUGCUGAUCAGUCUAAUAUGACGUAGAGGCUCUAUAUCUCAUAUCACUUCAUAUAAUUAUCUCAUUUCUAUCGCUGUAACGCUACUGAAGGAACGAAGCGACAAGUGACACGAACAGCAGCUGGAUUGUCUCCCAGGCCUUGUGCCUUUAAUGAGAGCAGAUUGAAUGUGUUUUGAAAAGAAUGCUUUUAGCACCUUAUUCUUUCAAGUGAACAAGAGCUGCAACUAAUAAUUAUUUUUAUCAUUGAUUGAUCUGUCAAUUGUUU